AUGUGGAGAAGAUCGCCUACCAACCCUCCUUCAGUCGGUGAUACAUACCCGUUUCAGUAUCCGGCCUCCGAUGCUCCUGCUGGCCCUAGCGCCACAGCUGCAGCUUACAGCGGUGCUGCGCGUCGUUCCCCUUCGCCUGCUACGUACGGGGAUACGUACCAAGGCACUGCAUCUGCAGCUGUAGCUUACACCGUCGCUGCUCGUCGCUCCCCGUCGCCUGCUGCGUACGCGUACGAGGAGGAUGAUGGUUCGUACCGAGAUGAAUCGUAUCAACGGGAUGCGUAUCAGCAGUACCCGUACGAGCAAGGCUCUUCGUACCAGCCGCACCAGCACUACCAACGUGGAUCGCGAAAGCAGCACCAGCAGCAGCACCGCCGGCAGCAGCAGCAGCAGCCGCCGCAAUUUGAGGAACCUGCGUGGCUUUCCCGCCAAGUCAAGGCCUGCGCUCCUGCCCCGAACGAGCUCUCAUUGGUCGGCCGGCCGUGCCUUAUCCACGAGGACGAUGACGUGGCAGCUGACGUGGCGGGCGGCGGCGGGCUGCUUCCCUGGAAAGGGGAAGAUUCUCUAAUGAUUGACCGCUUCGAUGUCAGGCAUCUAUUGGACAGCCUUAAAACGAUCAGGCGGAAAAAGGGGGGACGAGGUGGGGGGAGAGGGGGAGGGGACGCAGGAGAGGGUGGGGAGGAGGAGGAGAUGGAAAGGGAGAGAUUUGUGGAGCUGGAUAUGGUUGAAAAAGAGGAGAGGCGAAAGGCAGCAGCGGCAGCGGCAGAGAGAAAGGCAGAAGCGGAAAAAGGGGAGCAAGGAGUUGGAGGGACGGAGGAUGUGUGGGAGAUGGCAGCGAGGAGCAGAGGAGGAGGAUUCGCUGUGGCAGCAGCAGCAUCAGAGAAUGUUGGCGGGCAUGGGCAGGCCCACCAGAUAUCCACUCGCCCAGCCUAUGCAACUGUCGCCUUCAACUACUCUGCAGGCCCAGUGGAGCAACAAGAAAGCCACCCGUCGUCUCUACACACUGCUGCUGGUGAUCAUGCCACGCAUGCACAAACGACAGCAGCAUCAGCAGGAGCUGCUGCAGUAGCAGCAACAGCAGCAACAGGGGCAGCAGCAACAGCAGCAACAGUGGAAGCAACAGUGGAAGGCAAAACGAGUGGUUUUGCGCCGCCCUUUGAAGUGCCUCCAGAGCUUCAGCACUGCCUGCCUCCCACAGAAAAGAUUUACACCAUCAUGGCACGCACUGCGUCAUUUGUUCGAAAGGCAGGCGCACAGGCGGAAAUCGUGUUAAGAGUGAAGCAGAAGGGCAACCUCUCCUUCGCCUUCCUCUCCCCUGGUCACCCCCUACACCCCUUCUUCCGAUUCUUAGUAGCAAACCCGCAGCUGGUAGAAGAAGGGGGAAAGGGGAAGGGGAAGGGGCAGGGGGAAGGGAAGGGAGAGGAGGAGGAGGGUGGAGGGAAGGGGGAGAAAGAGGGGGUCUAUGUGGGUGAGUGGAAAGGGAGAGGAGGUGAGGGGGGCGGGAGGGUGAGUGUGGAGAAGGGGAGUGCUGUGACGCUGCUCGGGGCUGCUUAUGGGGAGGAUGAGGAGGAGGAAAAGGAGGAAGGUAGAGAGGGUCGGAAGGAGGAGAAAGAGAGGGAGGAGGAAGGGAGGGAGCAGGGAAGGGAGGUGGGGAAGGAGGAGGAAGAGGGAGGGGAUGAAGGGAGCGAAGGAGGCAGCAGAGAGGGGCGUGAAAGGCAACAAGGCGAACCAAUGGAGGAAGAUGGAGCAUCUGAGGAAGGAGUUACCGAGGAAAGAGUUAUUGAGGAAAGGGUAAUCGAGGAAAGGGUUAUUGAGGGAGUGGAGGGAAGUAGGUGGUUCACUGAGGAGGUGUCUGAGGAAGGAGGUGCGGAAGUGGGGAAGAUGGUGGAAUUCAUAGUGCGCAACGGGCACGAGUUUGAGAGCAUUGUGCGGCAGAGAGAUGCUGGGGAGGGGCGGUUUCCAUUCCUGUUGCCUGGAGACCGCUUUCACGCCUAUUACCAGCGCACACUAAAAGAGGCUCUGGAGCGCGCCAAUGCCCCUCUGUUGUUGAUGCCACAGCCACCCCCUCGCCCUCGCCCCCCCACUUCUGUUCUGCCUGGAAAACUACCCGUCCCUGCUGUCCGCAAACUGAAGGGGGGAGAGGUGGGUGUGGUUCUAAGGGAUGUGACUCUAACAGGAGGAGAUUCUGGUAGGGGUGAGGCGGAGGGACGGGAGGAGGGUGAGAGGGAGAAGGCGGAGGAGAAGGGGGAGGGAACUGAGGGGGCCAAGGGUGGGGAGGGGAGUGAGAGUGAGGGAGAGGAGGGGGCCAAGGGUGGGGAGGGGAGUGAGAGUGAGGGAGAGGAGGGGGCCAAGGGUGGGGAGGGGAGUGGGAGUGAGGGAGAGGAAGGGGAGAUACGAGGUGAGGCGAAAGGGAAGAAAGUCGGAAGAGAAGAAAGACAGGGUUCCCGAGAGUCAGAUGAGGAGGGAGAGAGUGGAGAGAUUCUGGGUGAGGGGAAGGAGAAGGGAGAGGAGGGCGAGAAGGGAGAGGAGGCAGGGAGUGAUAAGGAAGAGGAGGGCAGCAGAGGAGCAGCAAAAGGGGCAACUGUGGCUGUUGGUGGCAGGCUCAGUGCGGCAGCAGUGGCAGCAGCAGUGCGUGCAGCGACUAGCAGAUUCCCCCCCUCUUCUCGCCCUGCUGCUUCUGCCCUUCCAGCAGCAGCAGCAGCAACAACCGGUGCUGCUGCCUCUUCCACCACUCCAUCUGCUGUACCCGCUGCUGCACCUGCCAAAGCUGCUGCCUUAGUGUUUGGAGAAGAAGAGUCUGAGCGUGGGACCAGGGGGAAAGAGGAGCAGCGGCGGCUGGAGAGGAGGCGCAAGGCAAAGCUCUUCUCUGCCAUGCUCUCCUCGACCGCUGAUGCUGCUGAAGCGGGUGCUUCUGCUGCAGGGAGCAGCGGUGCUGCUGCUGGCGUUCUCGCAGUCAGGGGCAAUGGCGCUGCAGGAGGGGGCAGGGAUGGUGCAACCACGCAAGGGGCUGAGGUUGCUCUGGCGGCAGCGGCGGCGGCUGCAGCAGCUGCUGUGGCCAAGGCCCUGCCUCUUCUUGGCUUGUCGGGACAGGUUGAUGUUGGGGUUGGGAAGGGUGGAGGGGGAGAGGGGCAGGCAAGCAAAGGGGCGAUAGGAGGGGCAACAGGGGGUGCAACAGGAGGGGUAAAAGUAGGGGUCAAUGGAGUGGAGAGUGGAUUAGGUGAGGUGGAGAAGGGGGAAGUUGGAUUGAAAGAAGAAGCAGGAGCGGGUGGUGUAGUGGGGAAAGAGGAGAGCAGGGAGGAGGGAGAGAGGAGCAAUGAAGAGGAGAGAAGGGAGGAUGGGGAGGAGGAUGUGAAGGAAAGGGGGAGGUCGAGGAAGAAGGAGAUUGGGAGCGGAAAGAGGAGGGACAAGCGCACGAGAGGAGAUGGCAAGGGCAAGGAGAGCAAGCACACAGUCGAGGCAAGACCAAGGGAAGAACAGGGGAAAGGUGGUGGGAAGGAGAGAGCAGCUGCACCUGCCUUUGCCUUGAAAGGGGAGUUACGUGAUGAAGAGAGCAAGCAAGGGGGGAGAGAGAAGGGGGGGAGCAAGGUGGGUGUGAAAGGAGCUGCUGUACUGGGUGUGAGUGUGCCUGAUGACAUUCGAGCCAAGGUGAAGGCUCUGCUGCGCAAGCUGUGA